AUGGAGACGAAAGCUGAAUCGCUCUCAGCCGUGGCCUCACCGGCGGCGACCCAUCGGUCUCCGGAGGAACAGGACUUGUUGGAAAGAAGCACCAAGAAAGCGAAGCGAGGUCGCGAAGCGAUCGAAUCACCUCUUCCGUUGCAUGCAGCGGAUUACUCUCAAGAAACGCCUAUUGUAGCAGGGGCCUCCACCCCAGAUUCUCAACAAUGGAGAACUCCAGACGCGACUCCGAACCAAGCCUGGACACGCAGAGAAGAGGGACGCCUCCCGGACAAAGAUUUGGUCUCCGAUGAUGAUGCAAUGGAUGAAGCAAGUACAAACUCGUGGUUUCCGGUAAUACAAGUCACUAAAGAGGAAAAAGAAAGGUUGAGACGUCCAUGGCGUCGAUCCCUAAUUAUCAAGGUUUUGGGAAGGACAGUCGGCUAUUCUUAUCUUCUGCAGAGACUCCAGCACAUGUGGAAGCCGGAGUCCACCUUCGAUUUAAUCGCCCUUGCUCAAGAUUACUAUAUAGCGAAGUUCCAAUUACUAGCAGAUUACGACGCGGCUAAAUUCGGGGGACCCUGGAUAAUCUUGGGACACUAUCUGGUGGUUCAAGAAUGGGAGCCCAAUUUCAUCCCAUCCAAGAACAAGACCAAGAAGCUGCUGGUUUGGGUUCGGUUCCCAGAGCUUCCAAUAGAGUACUUCGACGAGGAGUUCUUGAAGAAGAUAGGGAAAACUAUAGGUCGGCCUGUAAAGAUUGAUACUACAACUAGUUUGGCAUCCAUAGGAAAAUUCGCGAGAGUAUGUGUGGAAAUCGAUAUCACAAAAUCGUUAUUAUCCAAAUUUGUCCUACAUUUCAUGGAUUGGCCUAUUAAGUACGAAGGGAUUAAUCUGAUCUGCUUCAAAUGUGGUGUCUACGACCAUCACCAAGAGAACUGCGGCAAGGAAGGUGACGAAGGAGGAGUCAACUCUGGGCAGAACGCUGUAACCGCAGAUAUGGCAACUCCACCGGUGGAGAAGCAAAAGCCACCGGAAAGAUUUGGAGCUUGGAUGCUCGUCACUCGGAAAGAAAGAAGACGUCGAGCCAGAACCAAUGUUCAACCAGGAACUUUUGCAACCGGAGCAGGAGAUCAAACAGCAACCAUCAAUGUCCCGACAUUCGAAGGAAUCUAG